GCGAAUUAGUGAGGAAAGGGAAAAUGGCGGACCUCGAAGACGUUACACUGGACGGGAGGCCGCUACAAUCUCUACGGGUGGCGGAUUUGAAAGCUGCUUUGGAGGAGCGGGGGCUUCCUAAAAGCGGACAGAAAAAUGCUCUCAUUAAGAGGCUCAAAGGGGCUCUCAUGCUGGAGAACCUCCAGAGAACCUCACACCAUCACAUAGGACUGCAGCCAAACUCCCAGAUUGGUGAAGAGAUGAGCCAGAAUAGCUUCAUUAAGCAGUAUCUGGCAAAACAGCAGGAGCUCUUGAGGCAGCGUCUUGAGAAAGAGGCCCGGGAAGCAGUCGAAGAUGAUGAUACCGACCAAGAGGACCACACACAGGGCAAUAACAGCUCUGCCUGUGCUGCCCCAGAUCAGGAUGACGUACCUGUGUUGGUUGACCAGCACAAGCCGCUUGGCCCCUCCGAGGGAGAGGGACUAGCAGGCCCCGCAAGCGAGGGAGAGGGACACAGGGCCAAAGACGGCCAUGUGCCUGGUCCACCUGCCUCUACCUCUCCUACCUCUGCCCCUGCUGCCGUUGCUUCUCUGUCUGUGUGUGUAGCUGAUGGUGAGCAGCGACCGGAGAGAGUCCCAACCUCUAGCCAAGUCCCAGCAGAUAGCGAUGAUGACAGCGACGGAGGUGACGAGGAUGGCGAGGAUGAGGACUGGGAUAGCGGUGCCAGGAGGAGGAAUCUAGGAGAGCCACCAAGAGGCCAGCUAGCAAGAGAGAGGUCUGAAGGAUCCCGCCAACCCCCACAGCACAUCCCCCCCCUGUUGUCUCCGCAGCUUCGACAGCCUACCCCUCCCCCGUCCCCUCCCCCAGAGUUAUCAUUCCCACUGCCUGAUACCCCUAAACAAAGCCCCCCUAGUCCAGGUGAGCUCCCGGCUAGGCAGCGUACUUCCAGUACCUCCAGCUCUGGCUCCUCUAGCAGUGGCAGUCGUAGUAGCAGUCCAGAACCACAAAGCAACGCAGAGCGCAAGCCUGGCCCACUGACCCUGCUGGCACGCAAGAUGGCAUCAGAAGGCGCCUUCUCUGGAGUUGGGUGGCAUGGACGUGGGGAGGCAGAAAGGCAGGACAACAAUGCUGCAACUGCAACAAUAUUUCCUGGUAGAGGUCCUCAAGAGGGCACAGUGUCUGCCAUCACCCACACAGCCAAUGCUGCAGCCAGUUUGCCCUUCCCCAGUCUGGUUCCAGUUACCAACCAGGGUGUCCUUGGAGGCCAUCUAUCCCACAGUCAAGUUCCUGUGAGUGUGCUUAGGCCCACUAUAAUGGAAGAGAGAGAUUCUGCAUGGCAACAAGAAAACAAGGAAAGGGAGCUGCAGGCAGAGAGCGAAAGAGAAAAGGCCCUUGAGCAAGAGAGACUUAGAGCCGUGGAGCUGGAAAGACAGAGAAUAUUUGAGCAACAGCGUGCCAUGGAGCAAGAGAGGGAAAGAGCUUUGGAGCGAGAGAGGGAGGAGAGGGAGAAAGCCUUGGACGCUGAAAGGAAGGAGAGGGAAAGGGCUUUGGAGCGAGAGAGGGAGAAAGCCUUGGAGGCAGAAAGGAAGGACAGGGAAAGAGCUUUAGAGCGAGAGAGGGCACAAGCUCUUGAACAAGAGCGGGAGGAAAGAGAGAAAGCUUUGGCAGAAGAGAGAGAGAAGUCUGUGGCAAGAGCGAGGGCCCUUGAGCUUGAGAAGGCUGUGGAGUUAGAAAGGCAGAGAGCCAUGGAACGAGAGCAAGCUUUGCAGCAAGAGAGAGAGGAGAGGGAAAGAGCUAAAGCUUUUGAGCGGGAGGAGAGGGAAAGGGCUCUUGAGCGGGAGCAAGUUCUUGAACAAGAAAGGGUGGAGACCGCGAGAGCGUUGGAGCAAGAAAGGGUGGAGAUGGAGAAAGCCUUGGAGCGAGAGAGACAGGAAAGAGAGAGAGCCUUGGAGCGAGAACAGUUGGAGAGGGAGAAAGCAUUGGAGAUGGAGCGUAUAGAGAGGGAAAAGGCUUUGGAGCAAGAGCGAGUUGAGAAGGAGAAAGCUUUGGAGCUAGUGAGGCAGAAAGCUUUGAAGCGGGAACAGGAGGAGAGGCAGAAAGCGCUGGAGCUAGAGAGGCAGGAAGCGCUGGAGCUAGAGAGGCAGAAAGCGCUGGAGCUAGAGAGGCAGGAAGCGCUGGAGCUAGAGAGGCAGGAAGCGCUGGAGCUAGAGAGGCAGAAAGCGCUGGAGCUAGAGAGGCAGAAAGCGCUGGAGCUAGAGAGGCAGAAAGCGCUGGAGCUAGAGAGGCAGAAAGCGCUGGAGCUAGAGAGGCAGAAAGAGCUGGAGCUAGAGAGGCAGAAAGCGCUGGAGCUAGAGAGGCAGAAAGCGCUGGAGCUAGAGAGGCAGAAAGCGCUGGAGCUAGAGAGGCAGAAAGCGCUGGAGCUAGAGAGGCAGAAAGCGCUGGAGCUAGAGAGGCAGAAAGCGCUGGAGCUAGAGAGGCAGAAAGCGCUGGAGCUAGAGAGGCAGAAAGCGCUGGAGCUAGAGAGGCAGAAAGCGCUGGAGCUAGAGAGGCAGAAAGCGCUGGAGCUAGAGAGGCAGAAAGCGCUGGAGCUAGAGAGGCAGAAAGCGCUGGAGCUAGAGAGGCAGAAAGCGCUGGAGCUAGAGAGGCAGAAAGCGCUGGAGCUAGAGAGGCAGAAAGCGCUGGAGCUAGAGAGGCAGAAAGCGCUGGAGCUAGAGAGGCAGAAAGCGCUGGAGCUAGAGAGGCAGAAAGCGCUGGAGCUAGAGAGGCAGAAAGCGCUGGAGCUAGAGAGGCAGAAAGCGCUGGAGCUAGAGAGGCAGGAAGCGCUGGAGCUAGAGAGGCAGGAAGCGCUGGAGCUAGAGAGGCAGGAAGCGCUGGAGCUCGAGAGGCAGGAAGCGCUGGAGCUCGAGAGGCAGAAAGCGCUGGAGCUCGAGAGGCAGAAAGCGCUGGAGCUCGAGAGGCAGAAAGCGCUGGAGCUCGAGAGGCAGACAGCGCUGGAGCUCGAGAGGCAGACAGCGCUGGAGCUCGAGCGAGUUGAGAAGGAGAAAGCUUUGGAGCUAGAGAGGCAGAAGGCUUUAGAGCGGGAACUGGAAGAGAGGGAGAAAGAUAGGGAGGAGAAGGCAAGGGCUUUGCACCAAGAAAGAAUUGAAAGGGAGAAAGAAAGAGUGGAGAGGGGAAAAGCUUUGGAACGUGAGAGAGAGGAGAAGGAGAGGGCUUUAGAACAGAAGGCCCUGCAGAGAGAAAAAGAAGAGAGGGAGAGUGUUUUGGAACAAGAUAAGGAAAGGGCUAUGGUGGCUGAGAGGGAGAGUCAUCUUCCCCCAUGGAAACGUGGUCGUGAGAUUGGUCUUACCCCCCUGCCCACUCCUCCCCUCUCCACAGGAGCAGGUAGAAUGGCGGCAACAGAGGAGGGUGGGGAGCCCCACGUGCCAUCCCUACCCCAAACAGCAUCGAGAGACAACCAGCCAGUUGAAUCUGGUACGCCCCUGUCACCAACUAUAGCAACGCCUCUGUCACCCCAGUCCUCCUUCAAGAAGUUCCGUUUCUUGAGAGACCCCCCAGUUCUGUCCCCAUCUUGCUCUGCAUCCCUGGUCAUCAAGAGGCCCCGUACAUUCUCUGACAGCCCCCAUACUCAGGCCUCCGCUCUCCAGUCCCCAAGAAAACCUGGGGAACAAGAGCAGGAAAGUACUCUGCAGGGGUCCAAGCUUUCUUCUGGACAGGCAGCAUCACAGAUGCCUGCAAGACAGAGGUUCCUUGUUUCUGGACCAACUGCAGCAGACACGUCAGACACGACAGGGCCAGAGACCCCAGUGAUUGCCACACUAGGCAAGAUUCCUGAAGAAGAAAAGGCUAAGGAGCUUGUGUCAGAGGAGCAUGUCUUAGCAGAUAAGGAGACAAACAAACAGGAAGUGGGAGAGAUAGCCAGAGGUGCUAAACGGGUGGAUGCAGGAAACGUCCCCUCGGGUCCAGCAGAAUCUGUGAUACCUCCACCGGAAGAGGGCAAUGUAGACCGGGGAAGGGAGAGAAGUCAAAAGAAACAAGAGAAGCGGGGAAGACGAGCUUCCUCAUCUAGUGACUCCUCAGAUUCUGACUCUGGGUCAUCCUCCUCACGCUCGUCUGGUUCAUCUUCGUCCUCCCAGGGCAAAACUCGCACCACUCCCAGUGGUAGAAAGUCUGAGAAACCUCAGACAAAAACCAUAUCCCAGGAUAAGGAGACAGUUAGUCAACUUGAGGAGUCAAAGGAGUCCCCAAAAGCACCCCAGCGCAAAAAUCGAGUACCUGGGGAGAUGGACAUCACCAUCGAUGGAGCCAGACAUGGCAAGAAAUCGUUUGUUGGAAUACCUGCUGGACAAGACAAUGAGCAGAAGGACAGCGAGGGAGAGGAGGAAAUGACAGACACUACAAGGGAGGUGAAGGAGGCUGCCAUGGCUGAGCCUGAGCGGGCUCCUGAGAGCAGUGAGGAGAGUCUGACGCCAAAGGCAUUCACAGCCCGUAGGAUCUCCCUGAGCAGCAGCAAGGCCUCUCCAGGUGUCGUCAGUGCAGAGGGCGAGGCAGAGUCUGGGGCCGGCCCCGGGAGGAAGAGGAGGUGGGGUUCCAGCACUGCGGUCACAGCCAAGAAACCAUCCAUCAGCAUCACCACAGACUCUCUGAAGUCUCUGAUCCCAGACAUCAGGCUGAGUCCAGGACAGGAGGCGGUGGUGGAUCUGCACCCAGAGGAAGCUCACCUCUCUGGGGGAGAGGAGGACAGGGAGCAGGGCGAGCAAGACUUCAAGAUCAGACGCACGGUCACACAGGUGGUUCUGUCCGAGACCCAGGAGAAUGGACCGAAGGAGUCCAAGAGGAGUGAGAACAUGGAGGACAGAGAGGAUGGAGUGGAGGUUAAAAACGACAGAGAGGAGAAGAUGGACGACUCAUUCCAGAGAGACUCCAUGGAGACACAAUCUCCCUCUCCCCCCAUCCAUGACAUGGAGAUGAACACAGUGACCCCAAGUGACACCCUGAUCCGUCGCUCCAUCAGCCAGCAGAAGUCUGGCGUGUCCAUCACCAUAGACGACCCUGUCCGCACGGCCAAGCAGCCCUCUCCUCCACGAGGCAAAGUGUCCAACAUCGUCCACCUGUCCAACCUGGUUCGGCCGUUCACCCUGGGUCAGCUGAAGGAGCUGCUCAGCAGGACUGGCACCGUGCUGGAGGACGGCUUCUGGAUCGACAAGAUCAAAUCUCACUGCUACGUCACCUACUCUAGUGCAGAGGAGGCAGUGGCCACUCGUGCAGCACUACAUGGGGUGAAAUGGCCUCAGAGCAACCCCAAGUUCCUCUGUGUGGACUUCAGUCAGCAAGAGGAGCUUGACUUCCACAGAGGCUUGCCACCCCCUGGGGGGGCUGGAGAGGAGGAGCGGGGGGCUUCAUCGGUGCCUGGCCGAGGUCGGGGGGCGGCCCUGCCCCCUCUCCUGCCCGAGCGUGACCAGUGGGCAGAGCGAGAGCGUGAGAUGGAGCGCAGGGAGAGGACCCGGGCGGAGAGGGAGUGGGACAGGGACAAGGUCCGGGACUUUGGUCCCGGAAAACCUGGAGAGGAUGCGGGCCCCAGACGAUCGCGCUCCAGAGAGAGGAAGCGCAAGGAGAGGAAGACGGACAAGAAAGAGAAAGCUGCAGAGGAAGCCCCUGCCAAACUGCUGGAUGACCUGUUCAAUAAAACCAAAGCAGCCCCUUGUAUAUACUGGCUCCCCCUCACAGAAGAGCAGUUUACACAGAGGGAAGUAGCUCGACAAGAGAGGAGGAAGGAGAGAGAGAAGAGGAGGAAGGAGCAGCAAGAGGAGGAGGAGAAGAAAAGGGAGGAAGAGCGCAAAGAAAGGAUAAAAGCAUCUGGCGAAAGAGGCGAGGGGGACAGGGACAGAGAGCGAGACAGGGAAAGGGGCAAAGACAGGGACCGAGACAGAGAGGGUGACAAACACAGAGAAAGCAGCCACCGCAGACCAGGGGGCAACAGUGCAGGGGUGGGCAGACGCUCUCACAGCCGCAGUGAUCCUCCACCUCGUGACAGACGACGCUAGAGGGAAUUGGUGUGGCUGAAACUGUCUUAUAACCCCCCAUUCCCCAUCACUACAUGUACUUUGUUAGAACUAAGACCCUACAGAGGACCAACACACACACACUGACACACACAUAUAUAUAUAUAUAUACACACACACACACACACACACACACACUGGGACCAUGGUUUGAGCAGUGUUUCCCCCAGACUGCAGUCUGUCUUGCUUCAGUCUGAAAGUUUAGAUUUUAUAUGUGUUAAUUUUGCCUAAGUAUAUU